CACCCUCCAGGUGCAUGCUGGGUACAUCAGAAUGGCGAGCUGGUUGGGGGCUUAGCGGCUGAACGCCGAUUCAUUCCCCAUUGAACGUGCACUGUCAGCGGCCCCAUUUUUUUCCGCAGCGGCGCUGCUGACGUCAUUGAACUAUGAGGAGUGCUGUGCUGUUGCCUCCUGGUGGUCUGGCUGUUGGACUAUGCUGCAUUUGUCCACUGGGUGGCGCCUCCUGAGCCAAGCUCACCGCCUCCUUCCUCGUCUCCCCCGUCCUGCUGCCCAGGCCGCCGCCAUGUACGCCACACGCCUCUACAGCACUGCCGGGGGAGGUGGGGUGGCGGGCAGGGGAGCGGGUGGGGUUAAACCGGGGCGCAGGGCGGGGCUGGCUGUGCUGGAGGCGCCCCCUCACCCCCACCUUUCUCACCAUCCACACCCAGCAGCACCUCCCCCCAACUACCCGCUGUAUCAGAGCCGCCCCGAUUCCCACCGAGGAGCACAUUUCCACCAUCACUACCAGCCCCACCCACAGCCUCACCCCCUAGCCCCGCCCCCUCUGCACCCACAUUACCAGCACCACGCCUCCCUGCACAUGUAUGGAGGCGGCGUUCCUGGUGGGGGGGCCGUCAGUGGCAGCAAGAAGAAGACGUGGAACUUCAUCCACGAGAAGAUGAGCUAUGACACGUUCUUCACCAUGAAACGCCUGAUUGAGCGCUCGCGCCGACCCGAUGAGGUUCUGCGCUGGGUCACCCAGAACCCGGCCAAGAUCUCCCACAACCACUACCCCGUGGCCCUGCAGAAGAUCGGGCAGCUGCUGCAAGCCACGCCCCCGUCGCAUAGCUCUGGGGAUCGAAGUGACGGCGAGGUCUCUAGUGGCGCGGCUGCAGAGGUGGAAGGGCGGCAGAUUCUGGAGCAUCAGGACUUUCAGACGCUGUGCGAUGCCAUCGUCAGUGACUGCGCCAAGUUCGACAACUUCAGCGUGGUCAACUGCCUUUAUGCUGUGGCUGCACUCGGUCUACCCAGCAACUCGCAGGUGGUUCAGGCGCUGGAGGCUGAGUCCCAGUCCCGCCUGAACCAGUUCAACCAGAAGGACAUGUCCAUGGUGUUCAGCUCCAGCAUGAAGCUCCACCCGGGCAGCCAGCAUCCUCUGACUGAGGCCUGCCUGGCUGGCCUAGAGAAGAACCUGGAGCGAGAGCGCCACCCACAGACGCUCUUUCUGCUGCUUUCCUACUACAGACUCAAGUGGUGCUCCCUGCAGUCAUCAGAGCCCACUGCAGGGGGCGCUGCAACCACUGGAACUAGCAGCAGUGCUAACACCCCCCCAAACCCUGAUCAGCUGCUGGCUAACAGGAAGAUUCUGCGGCUGGUCAAACACACUCUGGCCAGUGUCAGCGCUGUCCGGGACCAAGAAAUGGUUCUGCUGGACGAGAUGCUUGCAGCGUGUGCCCGAGAGGCGAGCAACAAGAGUCUGGAGCUGAUCUUCAGCUCACAUCUGUUCUACCAGAACAGACAAGAGCGGUUCAUCGUCAGCCUGGCAGAGGAGCUGUCUAAAAAGGUGGACAGCAUCACCCCGUACACCAUGGCUCUCAUCGCCAAAUACAUUGCCCGCCACCGACUGAGAGAGACACGUUUGCUCGACACCAUCGCAGACUUCCUGGUGAAGAAGGCAGAAUACCUGGACAGCAAAGUAAUCCAGAAACUGGUGUUUCCCUUCAGCCGGAUGAAUUACCGCCCAUCCAACGAGCAGCAGUUCUUUUCUCGCCUUGAAGAAGUCCUGGAGCUGAAGGCUUUAAGCUCGCCGCUCGCCACGGUCAAUAUUCUGAUGUCUUUGUUUCAGCUGGGCCAUUUUCCAGGUCUGGUCCUGCACAGAGUCUUCUCCUCUGCCUUCAUCAGCAACGUCACCAACAGCCCGUACGCUCUGAUUGUCAGGAGAUACCUGUCUCUGCUGGACGCCGCUGUGGAGCUGGAGUACAGAGACUACACCGGACCUCGGCUGCAGGACACCCACAAGGUGCUGAUGUUUGACCACGCCCUGACGGCGGACGAGGUCAACCGCAAGUACAGUUAUAAAGGUCUGGUAGCUGAGGCUCUGCGACAGCUGCUGGGAGAACAAAGCUACAAGCAAGACGAGGUCCUCCCGCCUGGAUACUACACAGACUUUGUGCUCUGGUUGGACAGUUCUGGAAGAGUUCUGCCCAUCACCUCUGGAGCCUCCCUUCCUGUGAGUGUGGUUCCUCCUCCUCCCUCUUGCGUUGCCGUAACAACAAAAACAGCUGAAGAGGCAGUUGCCGUGGUGACGUCAGAGUUUCAAAAGUUCUCUCCAUUUGCACUGGAGGAUAGUGCCCAGCACCCGCCUCAGGCGCCUGACGGACUGGGUGGAGGCGUAGAGACUGGAAGAUUCCACCCCCACCACGUGUGUGGCGCUGCAGCGGCGGCCUCAGGACCUCCUCAGCCUGGCGCUAAUGGCGGGCAUUUAGAUUAUGGGCCAUACUAUGUUCCUGCAUCAGAGUACUACUCUGGUCUGGCCAAGGAGCACUCUGUAGAAAGCCAGGACAGCUCCACCCUCAGCAGCCCUCCAUCUGAUGCCCUGGCUCCACCCUCGACCCAGGGGCCCACUGGGACCACAGCACCAGACUCUCUAUUCCAGUUUUCCAUCGGGAAAAUCCUGGAGGAGGAGGGUACUGCGGGAGCUCUGGAGGUCCAGGGAAGCGACUGCGAGCUGCCUCAGUUCUACGAGGAAGUGACCUACUCUGAAGGGCCUGGACCCGACAGGGGGCCCACAUCCCCACAUGUACCAGGCAGCGUCCCGCCAGAGCAGAGGCAGAUUCGGAGGGUUAUCAUGUCUGUAAACGACAAGUGGCACUACUGUCACAACUCUGAGGUCCUGGUUGGGUCACGCGCCAUGAGAGACCGCCAUCUGAGGCUGCUGGGAUACAUCAUCCUGCAACUGCCGUACCACGAGCUGGAGAAACUGAACGGCAUCGAGGAGGUGAAGCAGUACCUGCACAAAAAGCUGCUGGAUGUUUCGCUAUGACUGAAGUGUGUCUGUGUGUGAACGUAUGUGUGUGUUCCUGCCGGAGAUCGGGCCUGAGCCUGACUGGAGCCCAGCUGGGCUUUUUGAAGACGUCACUCAUGGAUGGAUCAGCAGCCUUUGUUUAGUCGCUCACAGAUCAAUGGACUCCCAGCAGGCUGUGCAGCUGCUUCCCUCACUUUCGGGAGGAGCAGCGUGGGUGUUUGGGUGUUCUGAAUGGGGGAGGGAUUGGGUUCUAUUACAGUUUUAUAAAAUCUAACCAUGGAGGCAGAAAUGCAUGUGGAGCUGUUUUGUAAAAUGCGUGCCAAAGGCUGAAAGGAAGUGGUGUUCCCAGCGGGGGGUGGGGGAGUCAGAGGGCAGAUUAUUUAUUUGAGCAUCAGGUGACAGAUGGAAAUCGUUUAUAUUCUGUAAAUCUAUGAAUUGAAAUGUUAUAAAAGCCGAAACAAGUGA